AUUUUCUGCGUCCAUCAUUAUUACUCUAGCACUGUAUUAUCGUUAGUCAUCAUAAUCUUCCUUCACCUCAGCUUUAGCAGCUGCCAUCAGCCGCACCGCUCCUGUCCGAGUUUGCUUUAGAAAGUGAAAUCUUAUUGGCUGGCAGUGCAGCGCUACGGCGUCAGGUGAUUCAGUGCCAGCCACUACUCUCUCUAUUCCUCGGAGUGGAUAAAUAACUCGCUGGUCUCUCAACCCGGAUGCUGUGCCAAAACUAUUGAUGAUUUUGCCCAGUGAGCAGCGCUGUGGGCAGAGCAAGGGGGCGGAAAUAUUCCAGUACCCUUGAAGCGGAGAGCUACCACCGGAUCUACACUCUGCUGACCGCCGGGCUCCGCAUCCGAGCCGGGACGGCAGGUGGAUCAUAAUUCAUACCAAACACAGGGGAGGGUGUGAUCGCCACACUGAAGGCAAACACGUCUCCUGCUCCUGCAAGAUCGUGACCACUUGCACGCCACUGAGGAGGUAGUGAAAGGGUGAGAAAGAGGGUGGAAGAAAGAGAAAGGGGGAGGAGAGAGGAGCAUCACUACAGAGAGAGAGAUGGCGGAGUGCGGGCGGAAGGCGCUGUCUCUCCUGGAAGCGGCCCGCUCCCGGUACGAGAGCCUGCAGAUAUCCGACGACGUGUUCGGCGAGUCCGGGGACGACAGCAGCGACAAUCCCUUCUACAGCACCUCCGGAGACUCCGACUCUGAUAACUACAUAGCCGAGGUAGGUGAGGAGGAUCAGCAGCAGCAACAGCCACCGCAGCAGCAGCACCACCAUCACCACCAGAAACGAGGCGAUAAGGAGAGUGGACACAGCGGGGGAACAGGAGGUGGCAGCGCAGCAGGACCCCCCGGCUCCCUAUCCCGUAGUCAGGCAGAGGAGGAGGGCUGGACGGAGACUCUGCAGGAUGUCACGGUCCCGCCGUACAAUGAUACAUACGGACCUGCUCAAAAGAUGCCGGCCACCGCUACAGCCUUGGACUUUUUCCAGCUCUUUGUCCCGGACAACUGCAUCCAAAACAUGGUCACUCAGACUAACAUGUACGCCAAGAAGUUUCAGGAGCGGUUCGGCUCAGACGAAGGCUGGCGUCCCGUCACGGCCCAGGAGAUGAAGGCGUUCCUGGGCUUUGUCACUUCCACCAGUGUGCACCGCUGUGAGUCAGUGCUCAGCAUCUGGAGUUCGGGCUUUUUCAGCAACCAAAGCAUCGCCUUGAAGAUGAGUCAGUCGCGUUUUGAGAAGAUCCUCAAGUACUUCCACAUUGUGGCUUUCCGACCAUCACAAGGAAGCAACCAGGGCCUUUACAAGAUCCAGCCCUUCCUGGACUCGCUGCAGCAGUCCUUCAGCUGCACUUUCAGACCAUCACAAACACAGGUUCUUCAUGAGCCCUUGAUAGAUGAGGACCCAGUGUUCAUCACCACUUGUACAGAAAGAGAGCUGAGGAAGAGAAAGAAGAGGAAGUUCAGCCUCUGGGUCCGACAGUGCACCUCCACCGGUUUUAUCUGUCAGAUCGCAGUCCAUCUGAAAGAUGGCCAGGGUACAGAUGGUCUGGCCACCUUGAAGAACAAACCUCAGCUCCACAGUCUUGUGGCUAAGCAGCUCUGCCAGAACAUUUCCGGAAAAAACGCCAUCAUCUUCACUGGGCCAUCCAUCACGAGCCUCACCCUCUUCACAGAAUUCAGCAAACAAGAUAUCUAUUGCUGUGGUUUGCUUAGCACCAGGAAGAGCGACUGUACAGGCUUACCGCAAAGCAUGCUGGUCUGUGGCUCCACGCCUGCUCAGCGUGGCCAGUCUCGCAUAAUGAUGAAAGGCAGCAUGUCGCUGAUCAGCUGGUACAACAAAGGACACUUUAGGUUCCUUGCCAAUGCCUAUUCCCCAACAAAAAAAGGGCUGAUCAUUAAGAGGAAAAGUGGAGAGAUCCCGUGUCCUUUGGCUGUUGAGGCCUUUGCGGCACACCUCAGCUACAUCUGCAAAUACGACGACAAGUAUAGCAAGUACUUCAUCUUCCACAAGCCUAACAAGACAUGGCAGCAGGUGUUCUGGUUGAGCAUCAGUAUUGCCAUCAACAACGCAUACAUCCUAUACAAGAUGUCUGACGCCUACACAGUCAAACGCUACAGUCGAGCGCAGUUUGGAGAGAGACUGGUCAGAGAGCUGCUUGAUCUAGACGACUGCUCCCCCACGCAGUGAGGAAGAGAAGGAGGAGGUUGAUGAAGACAGAAGGAGCUCACAACAAAAACACUUAACACAACCCCCCCCCACACACACACACAUACAUUCACGCUCAACCUUACAGACUUUGCAGUCUGUGUCUAUGUGAUAAUACUGAAGCAGUGCCAAGCCUAUUUCUCUCUUCCUAUAGUGGUUUUUGUGGCUCUGUAAAUAUUCAUUAACACACAACUGCAUACUACACAAUAAUCGUGAGCCAUGAGACUCAAAUGCAAUCAUUAACCCCGCAGAUUUACUAAGGAUUUGUCAACAGGAGCUUUUUCACAAGCAGAGCUGAAUGAUGGAACAGGAAAAGCAAGAAGAUUUCACUCCUAAAUGAUGUCAGCUUCAAGUUUUAACGAGUUAAAUUAUUUAUACAAGCCUGAAUGAAACUUCUGCACAAAGUGUCCAAACACCAUAACCGUCAGGCUGAAAGGCUACAUGUAGCUCAAUAUUUACACUCUGCAAAAACACCUGUAACAAAGUCUUAGUAAACCAGGAAUAAGGUGUGUUCACACGCUGCAUGCGUUAAGAAUCUCGAUUGUGAUGUUUACUUGUUCGGUGUGAAAAUGAUUUCUGCUCCAGGUGAGUUUUGAAAAUUUGUACGUGUGUAUUUAGUAAGUGGAAACUGCCGUUUGUGUGUGCGACAUUGAGCCAGAGGAUGUAAAUGUAUGGCUUUUGUGACCCAGAUGUGUUGUGUUGCUGCAUAUUGUACCUAUGAGAGAAAGACUGUCAGUCGCUAUAAAGCCACACCCAGCAGUGUGCCACAGCUUCACAGCCUCCCAGAAAAGACCAAAAAAAGUCUUUAAAAAGUUCCUGCUUCCAGUUUUUUUAAUUGUAAUAAGUAAUAUGAAAUAAACGGCAAUAAAGUUAAAGCUAGGAAAACAUAUUCCUAGGUUUUGUUUUGUUUAUCAAAGAGUUUGCUUCUUGAACUCAGGUUAACUGUGUGUGUAGGUGUUGAUUUUAUUUGACCACAGAAAUUAACAACUCCACAACUGUUACCAAAUAUUACCCAAUCCUGAUUGGUAUACAUAUAUAUGUGACUUUUUUCUGUAGGAUUGAAAGGCCUAUACAAAGGAAGCAAUUAACAGACUAGAAAACAGGCAUUCAGGGUCUUUAACAACAACUCUAACAACAAAUGCUGUCACAUCUGCUUCCCGCUUUUGUACCAAGAACACUUUUUUUGGCAGGAAACUUGUCAUAAUCAUGUGAUUCAUUACACUUUAGUGUACUUAGCUUUGCAAGGAAGAACAUGUUCAAAUCUCCUCGAUUAAAUGAGCCAGUGUUGCUAGGCAAUGAGUAUAAUCUUGGCCAAUGGACAGGGAUUUGGGUAAUAUUCCUUGGCAGCGUUUAGGUCCAGAAAGUAAAAACUAAAUCACUGGUGGCUUAUAAAACGUCUUAACAAAACAAAUGUUUGAACAAAUUAUAUUCUUUUUCUCAGUUGUUUUUGGCACAUUUCACCAAACAUUAUUUCUCAGCACAUUUUUGAAAAAUGCACGUCCCAAAACUUUACUCUGUCAGUGAAUAACUCUCUGCCCUCACAAAUCACACAACGGUAAACCGAGCUGCUGAAAACGAAUUUUUCAUCAGAAUGACCGACUAGAAGUGUGUUCCUAAUCUUUGUCAUUUCCAAAAGGUUUUUCCCAACUUGUUUUCACUGACUGAAAAUUUACAUAGCACAAUACAGAACAAAAAAAUGUCUCCCUUUGCAGGUUUUGCCUGUUUCUAACAACCUGCUGUCACUCUGUAGCUCUAUAAAUGUGUUUUAUAGCACUCUUUCUCCUGAAUUACACCUUUAUGCUAACCUGAUCGUGUAUCCCAUUGGUUGAUCUGAGAGGAAUGUGUCAACCCAAACACCAUGAAGCUGCUUACUUUGGAGCGUAAAACUAAAUAUAAAGAAAGCUGACCUGCCUCGAACAAAAAGACACAUACAGUUAAUAACUGUUAAAAAUUCUAGACAAUAGUGAUUAGUCAUCAGGCUAAAUGUGCUAAAUGAUUUGCAGUACGCCACCAGUUCACAACAUCCCACGCUAAAGAGUUUAGACACGACAGAAAGAAACUUUCUUAAAGCCCCUGAAAACUUUGUUUCAAACUUCUUUUUUUUUUCCUAAAUACCAGAAAGCAAAAUGAGGGAAAUACAGUCUACAUUCAAUACAAAGUAACAGUGAGGAUGCUGUUUGAUUUGUACAACAGAUUGUACUUACAAGAGCUUAAUUCACAUAUUCUCAAACUCUAAUUGGUGUAAAGGCAUACAUGCCAUUACGAAAGACUAACAAGUAAAGUUCAAGCGUCACUUUGAUGCUGUUAUACGGGUUCAUUUGCAAACAAAGAAUCAUUCUGUUGUGGACAAAUAACAAAAAUCUGUAAAGGAUUUCAUGUUGUUUCAAUAUGUUCAACUGUCAAUCAGUAAAUGAGCCAAAAACACCCCCCCAGGCUAUAACACUGCUGUCUGUAGCUUUAACAAGGACAAGGUCAACACUUUAUUGUUGUGCUGAACCGUGUUAUGAAGACUGUAAGUGAAAGGUGUCGGCGCGUGCUUGCCCCAUCAGCAUGGUUCAAAGUGUGUAUUCAUAUACUGGUAUGAUGACAGUCUGUAUGCUGGUAAAGCAGAGUUGCUGAGCGAAUUGGUCCCACCCCCGUCACACUCUUGCACUUUGAGGAAAGCUAUAAAGUUAGCAACACACAUAUUAAAUAAUAAUUUUAGUUUUGAUUUCAAAUUGAAAAAAUCAGUGAUUCUCUGCUCUCACAGAUGAAUUUUGUAAAUAUUAGUAGAUACAUGAAAUAGAUUGUAUUAAAAGAAAAUACACCAAUGAUAUAUGAAUGAAAUUUAAUGACUGUAACCAAAACAGAGAAUUCUACUUCCACUGUAGAUUUAGAGAAAGUGCAGUACUGUACGUCUGUGUAUAUUUUGUUUACAAAUUACUGUGAGUGUAUGUCCAUAAUCACACUCUUACUGACACUCAAGAUUGUGAUUUCUUAUUAAUCUUUUUCACUAAUCCAAAGCAUUGUUGUCGCCGUUACUCUUGCCUGUGUGUGUGUGAGAAAAACCCACUGAAUGUUGUAGCAUCGUUCACCCCGAAGUAACACUCUGAAUCUUAGCAGGCUCUUCUGUUGUGUCAAAUGUUUGUCAACUCCUCCUUUGAUUACAAUAUUUGAUAUCCACAGAUUUGUUGUGUAGUUUGCCAUUCACUUGAAGUGUAUCAUAAUGUCGACAUGAAAUACAGACGUAGACAUUGUAGAAGCAGUCUGCCACCGUGCUGCAUUCAAUGGCAACACUCUCCGAGCUGAAACAAUGAAAGUAAAUUGGACCAUUAGAUGGAUUUUGUUUUAAUAACACAAAUUGUGCAUUUUGCAUCAUUUACACAGGAAAUGCAAAGCAACUCUUGCUACUGAUGAGCACUUGUUUCAUAGAGGGUUUUUUUCUAUUAUGCAAGGGUAAGGACAGAAUUUUUCAUUUUAACUCUUUAGGGAAUGAAGAAUUAAUUUCUAUACAGAUGAAUUAAAAAUCUCCAUUUCCAUUUUAUGCACAUUUUAAAAACGAUAAGAUUCAAUCAUUUGAGGUUUGACUGGAGCUCUUAAUUGUGUCAGCCUGCUCCUAUUUAAAUAAUCAAUUACUGCAGAGAUGUUAAUGCUAAAAAAAAGUCCAGCUCUCUAUCAUUAUCCCCGUGCAGUAACUAUCUAAGUGAUUGUUAUGGGUCACUGUGUAUCAACACUACAUCUAUUAGUGUGAGUUUCUGAACACGUUUCAAGACCAUUAAUAGAUAGACAAUAGACUUUUUUCUAAUAUAUUCGACUUAUCCAGUUCACGGUUGCAGCGUGGAGUCUGUCUCAGAUGUCAGAGGGUAAAAAGUGAGGUAUAUCCUGGGCAGGUUACCAGUCUAUUGCAAGGCGUUAAUUUUAAAUGUUAAUAAAUAAUAAUAAAACAUCCCAGUCACUGUCAAUAGAUUGCUAUUUUGGAGAAAAUGGUAUGGCUAAGCCCCUUAAAGCUGGAAAUCUUGACAUCCGAUUGGCAUUUAAAGCCUUAAAAAACUUAAACCAGAACACAGUGGGUCUUACUACAAACAUGUGAGUGUUUUGUGUCUUUUUACUUUUGAAUUAAGUCUGAUAUCUUCCAUUAAUGGUCAUACAUCUAGACAUAAUAUGUAGACGUGAGAAAACAAGAUGUUAAUGAUAAAGAAGGGAAUACUGUGGAGCCAUUAGGUCAGAAAUAUUUGCCUUUCAUUUGGAUUCGUCAGGAAGAAAAAAUGUUGCCCAAACAUUAACUGCGUGUAAAUUAUUACAAAAAGAUAACAUGAAAUUAGUCAGACUCAUUUCAUGUGUGUUUGUGCGUUAUGUACCGGUUUAUCAUCUCCACACAGUGUCUCACAGAUGUCUGUCGCUAUCUGUGAGACGGAUGUAAUACUGAAGCAUUUUGAUGAGCGAUAGCUUUGGACAUGUUAAAGAUUUCAAGUGACUGACCUCAGGGCUUCAUGACUAACUGCUGUACAAUAUAUUCACUCACACAAAUAGCAUAUAUACAGUACUUCUAUACCCUUAUCAGGUGCUUUCAAACCACUGUAGAUUUAUUGCUCUAAUCGGGAGCUUUUUUGCAAGAGUUGUACCGCUAUUAUUUCCAGAUAAAAUGUCAGAAAUAACAAUAUUACUAAGCACCAAAAUGUGGUAAAAAUGUUCCGCUUCCCAUGAUUCUGGAUUGAAAUGGUGGCUGCAGGAUGUGGCAUAAGCGAUUACUGUGGGCUAAGUGUUAUCUAGCUUCACAGAAGUGCCAGAAGGAUGUGUGUAUGUGCAUGUAAUGUUAAAGCUGGCUGUGUUUGGAAAAAAAAAAUGUAAUAACCGGUGUAUGCUGGACCAAAUAACUUUCUAAAAUGUGUGUGGUGAUGAGCUGUACAACGUUGUCGUGUAAAUGUGUUUUCAUUAAAACACCACUCAUAAGUGCCACAUUAAAGAGUUGGAGAGGCUUAUUAUUCUUCAGGUAACUGUAAAUCACAAGGAAUGCUGAGACUUUGAGUUUCAUUUGGAUCUAAUGCAAUCCAUUUAUAAAGAAAUUUCAAAUCAGAAGUCAUUCUCACUGCGCUUAAUGCAAUUCUCAAAUCAGUAACGCAUUAGCCUUUCUCAUUGUUUUUAUACAUCCUGCUAUGGUUUCUAUGCAUACUUCACUGCUAAAGAUAUUUGUUAUUGUGUUGUUGCACUUUUCACUUGUAUCUCACAACUCAUCAAGAGCAUUGAAUUAGUGUUUUCAAUCAAAUCAGCACAAGGUGGUGAAAACAUUCCUUAAGAGAUUUGGUCUACUGGAAUUUUCUUGGACAACCAUCUGUAGGCUUUACAGUGAACGGUCUGAAAAGGAGAAAAUAAAUCCAGUUUUCUUGGUGAAAAUACCUUUUUGAUGUCAGAGGAGAACGACGAGACUACUUUGAGCUGAGGCAACAGUAACUCAGUCAGCUGCUCGUUAUAAAUGAGGUAUGCAGAAGAGCAUCUGUGAACACACAACACACUGGUCCUUGAUGUAGAUGGGCAGCAGCAGAAGACUACACCGGGGAUCACUCCUAUCACCUACCAACAGGAAACUGAGGCUACAUUUCGCACUGACUCAACAAACUGCACAACAGAAGAUUGGAAAAACACUACUUACAGUGGCCUCCACAGUCACCAGAGCUCAGUCCAGUAGAGCACCUUUGGAAUGUGACUGAAUGGGAAAUUUGGACAACAAAAACUGCAGCAAAUAUGUGAUGCUAUGAUGUCAAUAAGGAACUAAUUAUCUGAGGAAUGUUUCCAGCACCUCCCUGCACCACUGAAGAAAAAGGGGAUCUAACCUUGUAAUACCCAGGAUAAUGUAAUAAUGUAAUAACAUAUACAUAUAUAUACACACACACACGACACAAUGACACAAUGAGAAGUGUUUCAACACAAUAACAAAUAUCUUUAAUGGUAAAGCAGAAACCACAACAGCAUGCACAAAAAACACUGUGAUAAAGCUAACAUGAGAACUGCAUUAAGACUAGAGAGCAUGACGUUUGCAAUGUGAGAACUGCGCCAAAGUGAUUGAGAAGAACUGCAAGCUACACAGCCAGUUCACUACACUUUGUUUUUGGUUUUGAUGGGAUGCAUACUCAUGCCAUUUCUCACUUUGUCUGAUCUCCUGUUUGAAUUGUAAAAUACAGACUCGCCCAUGCAUUGCUGCCUUUGUCACUUUGUGGAUUUACUCAGCUCCUACUGUUCCUGCCAAGGACUCGUUCAUAUACACACUGUCAGCCUCACCCUGAGUAUCUUUCUUUCAGUUUGAAAAGCUGCCAAAGCUUCAAGCAGCCAAAAGAACAAAACAAAUUAUGUGCAACACUUAGCAGCAUUUCACCUGCUUAUUGUUCUGUCUCAUCGUAUCCACAUAAAUAUAAAUACCGCCAUUUAAUCCACAUCCCAGCUUCAUUUUUGCUUUAUUUAAAUCUUGUACAGAAUAGUGGACACUGAAUAUAUAUUAGCUGACUAUAUUUGAGGAUAGUCACAUUAAAGGAAUUAUACAUUCAAGUGCAUUAUGUCUGUUUUGAGAGAAUUGUAUCCAUACCCAUUUGUCAUGUACCUCAUUAUGUCUAUUUGUUUCAGUCUUUGUGUCGACUGGAUUAGUGUUCCUCCAACUAACAGUUAUGAUUGUCUUGGCAAUCAGUUUUAUUAUACAGAGUACAGACCCCUGCUCUGUAGUGCAAAUACUAUAGGAUCCACAGGAAUAACAUUCAACAUUUCUUCAAUCUCCUCUUUUAUAUCCUGCCAAUACCUCUGGAGCACUGUUCCACAAGACAUGCAAAAAGAUCACCUAUGAGUCGGCAGUUUCUCCAAAACAAGGGCGAUGGAGAAGCUUUACAAAAUGUUCAGAUUUUAAAAAACACACAUUUUGAUCCUUCAAUCAAAUUCCUUCCAUAGAUUACUACUAAUGGGUUUGUGAUUAUUCAUGCAUGUGUCCUCAGAGUCCAAAUUUAAUUAAAGUCCCCACUACUUUUUUUUGUUGAGAGUGUUUUCUGCAAUCUUAUUUACUAGCAUCCUCUAUAUGUGUGAGAAUAUGGUUCUUAGCAGAUAUUUUCCAGUUCCAGCAAUAAAACAUUGUUCAAUACCCUUAGUUGUAGGUAGCAAAAGAAAGUAAUUUGGGGAAAGUGCAAAUUGGUUUUGUAAUUGAGCAAAUGAUUUUAUUCCCCUACUGUCAAAGAGCUGGUUUAUUAUACUAUUAUGCUUCCUUUAGAGUGCCACUGUUUGAAUCCAAUUAUCCCACAAUGAUGGUAGGAGAUCUAUACUACGAGCAGUAGGCAUCACUCGUGAUAAACAUAUCCAUUAUUCCAAAGUUUUUAAUUCAAGAAGGGCAGGGCUGAAAGCUCCACACAAAAUAUGUAAUAAAUGUUUCUGGUUUGGCAAACAUGUCCUGUCAGGAGACUUGUUUUUAUGGAAGGUAUGUCAUGGGAACUGUUUUACAUAAUUACAUACAACAUGGGAAAAACUGAUGGGUCUCAUAUGUCAUACAAAUGGUUUUGUAUCUGCUGUGAUUUAUUAGUAUUUAGUUAUUGAAAUUAAAUGCCAUGACAAUUUAACAAGAUUUUGAAAGAAGAGCCAUGGUAAAGAGAUAGGAUUACUUAAAGGCAAACUGUGAUAAUCUCAUCCGGUCUUACUCAGUCGUGUAAAAAAUGAAAUAUUCCUGUUUUCCCUACAAAAAUAAUGAUUUUGUAAAG